CUCCCCGCCUCGCGCUCCCUCUGCCUCCCCUCCGUGCCAGACAAGAUGGCGGCGGCGGGGCCAGCAGCGUGAGGCGCGCUGAGGAGACGCCGAGUCCCCCCCGUCCUCCCCGAGAGGGGAGGCGCCGCCAUGGCGGUGAACAGCGCGCAGUACAUCUUUGGGGAAUUCAGCCCCCAAGAAUUUAAUGAUUUCUUUGUGACUCCUCGCUGCUCCGUUGAGCUGCCUCCCUACAAUGAAACCAUUUCAUGUGGUCUGAAGUCCACAGGAGAGCUGCAUGACGGGGAAGAUUAUAAGAGAAUUGAAUUUGGUGUGAACGAAGUUAUUGAGGCAGAUUUGACUGUGCAGAACAACGACUACAGUAUUUCGAGUACUCUGAAUCCUCAGGCGCCAGAGUUCAUUCUUGGUUGCGCACCUACCCAGAAAACGCCCAAUGAUGUACUCAACGAAGCCAACUAUGAUUCUGUUGACUGCCCGUUCACCGAUCCUGCCCUCGCUUUGGAUGGCGGUUCUAAUGCAGAGAACGACGGCUUACCCGGAAGCCUCGGGCAAAGAGAGCGCAAAAAGAAGAAGAAACGACCCCCUGGAUAUUACAGUUAUUUGGAAGAUGUCAGUGAUGGCAUGGUUCCAGCUGAGGCUUUGGUUAAUGGACAUGCAAAUUCAUCGGGACUUAAUAGCAUGAGCACAGAUGAUGUGGAACUUACAGGUGACCUGCCGUCGGUCGCCCCAAGGACUUGUAGCAGCCCUGAAAAUUCGGUGGACUUCUCUAGUGAAGCUGUGUCCGACGAUUUGCUUUCUAGUGCGCUAGAUACUACCAGGACUGCAGGGCAGCCUGAAAUAUGCAGUGUUACUAAUUUGGAACAGUCUUGCUCCCCUUCUGAACCCGGAAGGGAUAGCCCAUUAAGGACAGCUGUUGUACAGCCUUAUGCUGGUACUGAUACUACUGAAAACCUUGGCGUUACUAAUGGACAAACACUUGAAUCCUCUAGCGAGGGCACAGCUGCCAAUGGAGUAGAUUUGCAUGCUGUGGAAAGCACUGACUCAGACCAAGCUAAGGCCGAGGACUCUUCAUCUACUACUGAGACAGCCCCCCCUAUUUCAGGAUCAGUGGCAGUUAAUCAGCCUGCAAAAUCGUGGGCUAGUCUUUUUCAUAAUUCCAAGCCCUCGGUUUCCACACCUGUGGCUUAUGUGGAAACGAAAUGUACCCCUCCUGCCACGUCUCCCGUGGUUCCCGAGAAACAGGCUGAAGUCAAAGAGGGGCCUGUUCCGGUUUCAGAGGAUCCCGUAGCGAUUAAGAUUGCAGAGUUGCUGGAAAAUGUAAAGCUAAUACAUAAACCAGUCUCAUUGCAACCACGAGGGCUGAUCAAUAAAGGAAACUGGUGUUACAUCAACGCUACACUGCAAGCUUUGGUUGCUUGCCCUCCUAUGUAUCACCUGAUGAAGUCCAUUCCAAUGUAUUCGAAAUCGCAGCGGCCAUGCACGUCAACACCAAUGAUAGACAGCUUUGUUCGCUUGAUGAAUGAGUUUACAAACAUGCCGGUUCCUCCUAAGGCAAAACAAGCUUUAGGUGAUAAAAUUGCCAGGGAUAUCAGGCCUGGAGCUGCCUUUGAACCCACAUACAUUUAUAGGUUGCUGACAGUUAUCAAGUCGAGUCUGUCAGAAAAGGUCGGUGGUGCAACCGUGUGCCGGGCUCAAGCUUUUGAGGCUGAACUAGUUUGUGAACCUCCCAGAAGGAUGGCUGUUCUAAACACUCAAACAUUUAUUCAGGGCAGGCAAGAAGAUGCAGAAGAGUAUCUGGGAUUUAUUCUAAAUGGCCUACAUGAGGAAAUGUUGAUUCUGAAGAAACUGCUGUCUCCACAGAGUGAAAAACUUCUGGUUUCCAACGGCCCAGAAACAGCCCCUGUACACGAAGAAGAGGAACAGGAGGAGGAAGGCGAAGGCAGCGAGGAUGAAUGGGAACAAGUUGGACCACGCAACAAAUCCUCCGUUACUCGGCAGGCUGAUUUUGUUCAGACACCAAUUACUGAUAUAUUUGGUGGUCACAUAAGAUCUGUGGUUUAUCAACAGAGUUCGAAGGAGUCUGCAACUCUGCAGCCAUUUUUCACUCUGCAGUUGGAUAUCCAGUCUGAGAAGAUACACACAGUCCAGGAUGCUCUGGAAAGUUUGGUGGCUAGAGAGUCUGUCCAAGGUUACACCACUAAAACCAAGCAGGAGGUGGAGAUCAGUCGAAGAGUGACACUCGAGGAGCUCCCUCCCGUUCUUGUCCUGCAUCUCAAGCGUUUUGUCUAUGAGAAGACCGGGGGGUGCCAGAAGCUCAUCAAAAAUAUCGAAUAUCCUGUUGACCUGGAAAUAAGUAAAGAGCUGUUGUCUCCAGGUGUCAAAAGCAAGAUUUUUAAAGUCCAAAGAACCUACCGGCUCUUUGCAGUUGUGUACCACCAUGGAAACAGCGCGACAGGCGGACAUUACACUACAGACGUCUUCCAGAUUGGUCUAAACGGCUGGUUACGCAUAGAUGACCAGGCUGUCAAAGUGAUUACUCAGUAUCAGGUGGUGAAGCCGUCUGCCGAUCGCACAGCCUACCUCCUGUAUUACCGCCGAGUUGACCUGCUUUGAAACCUCCCAUUUUCUGCUGUGUUUGCGAGAUUACCUGCUUUCUAGAACGCCAACUCUCUCUAACUCUUCUAUUCCUCUUUCUCAAUUACUCUUCUGGGUGAAUCCCUUCUCCCUACCCCCCCCCCCCUUCUCUUCCUCCCCCCCACAACCAUGGGAUAGAGUGAAAGGGAAAAAAACUACCUUGGGGCUUGUGUUGGCUGAUUGACUUUGCCGAUUGAAGUCUUGAGUUCGAAAGACUCAAGUCUCACCAAUCACACACACACACAAGUUUUUUUUUUGCGUGAAUGCUGAAUCCUAAGAGAUUAAAACGGGAUUUGCAAAGCGAUCCCCACUUUCUAAUUGCAUAGUUGAGCAGCAGCCCUGCACCAGCAACAGAACUUGUAGAUUUCUGUGAAAAGAAGUUUUAUCUUUACUUAAAUAAAAAAAACUAAAAAAAAAUUCCUCUCAACCUCCUCCCCGCCCCGACUAGUUUUUGAUAAAUGGUAAAAAAAAUAUGAGCCAGUGUAUAUCAAGGGAAAAAAAUGGUCCUUUUAAAAAAAAGUAUAUAAAAGAAGAAAUAUCCUACAAAAAAAAAAACGUAUGACAGAGUUGCUGGUUCCUGAUAGGAAAGAAAUACACAUUUUAAUAAUUGUGCAAUGAGGAAAACUGCUUACACAUUGCAGAUCGAAAUACUUGGAGUUAAGAUGUUAGUCUAUAUAGAUGGGUGAUUGUAACUUUAUUGCUAUUAAGAGAUUUCAAAACUGCAUUUAUGCUUCUGUGUACAUGGGAUUUUAAAACACACACACACACACACAAAGGGCAAGAUGAUGACAGUUGAUAUUUCUUUCGGGUCUGCUUUGUUUAAUUAUGCCGUCUGCUCUCCUAUAAUGUUGAGUUUCCUAAGUGUACACAGUCUAGUGAUAUCUAGGAGUAUAAAGUUGUCGCCCAUCAAUAAAAAAAAGAGUCACAAUGUU